AUGACUGGCAUUGAUGACCCGUUCGGCAUUCAGCCUGCGCGCUGGAUUAUUGGACCACCCGCGCCGCGGGGUACUGCUUUUCUAGCACGAGCAUGCAGCCUUGCUAUUAUGGUUUUAGUCGGUCACUGGGUGCGCGUUCCCCUGCACGGUGUCGGUAUCAAGCCGGAGACUAAUGGUUACCCAGAUGGCACGAACGAUACCAGUAAACUUUUUAACUGGCAUCCCGUGCUGAUGACCCUGGGCUUCGUGGUUUUCAUGGCUGAGGCUCUUCUGUCGUACCAGGCGCCUAUCAUACCAGGAUUACCCAGGGAGGUCCGUAAGCGGAUCCAUUUGGGUUGCCACCUGGCCGCCACCGUGUGUGUCUUCUUGGGUUUCGUGGCUGUACUGCAAUCCCACCGCCUCAAGCUGCCCGACCCCAUGCCGGACUGGUAUAGCCCACACAGCUUUCUGGGCCUUACGGCAAUAGCACUUGUGGGGCUGCAGGUCCUUGUGGGUCUGUACUCGUACGUUUGGCCCCGACUGGGCCUGUCGCACCGAAUGGCUCUGGGGCCCCUCCACCGCUUCUGGGGUGCGGCCGCCUGGCUGGCGGCGCUUGGGGCGGUGGCGACCGGGCUGCAAGAGAAGGUCACCUUCAUGCAGAUGAAGACACUCACACGCAAGGAUCUGUUCGGCCCCGCCGUACGCCUUCCCGCUGUCGUGCUCCCUCUGCUAGUCGUACUAGCUUUACUAGUGUUGUACCACCAAGUUCCCCCAGCAUCCAAAGCAUCGACGCCGGAGGGUUUUGGUGGUUCCCCCUCCCCCGGGGGCAGUGGCAGCAGCGGCAGCGCCGGACGGAUGGCUUCCAGUCGGGCGCUGUUAAAGGGUGGUCGACCGGCCGGGGAGGACGAGGACGAGGAGGAGGGGGAGGGUAGUGGUGAUGCGGAAGCCGCGCUGGGACGGCGUCGCGUUUAG